ACACGUCCUUUUAGAACCUUCUCCUACAGCUGGGCGUUCGUUGACGGCGUUCAUGCUACCCGACAGAAAGUGGCGCCUACGUGGCGACGACAGCUAGAAGCCAGCCGUAAAGGUUGAGUCAUGACGAGCAGCAUCGAAGCGGAGGUGGCGACGCUCAGAGGACAUAAGGACACGGGAGAGACGAAGACAGACAAUGGGAAGUCUUUCACGACUCUCAGCACCAUCGCAAUUCAGGCUGGCCAAUCGCAGCUGGUCGUGUCUGUAGUCAAGAGCGGCUCGCUGGUCCACCUUGAGCUGAUCCAGGUCCAGCCUGACCCCUGUGAGAUUGGCUCAAACCAGGAAGAAAACAGGACACUCUUGCAAGAACAUAAGAAGUUGAUGAAGACAAUGAAGAAACACCAGCAAGAAGUUGUGGAGGCGGCAGGGGAGAUUGGAAGGAAGAGGAGGAGGCAGAAAGAAGAUCAGGAAGUGUACGAGGCUAUGGGGGCGUGUCUGAAUGAAGGCUGGUACAAUUUGCUCCGCGUCCUGGAGAGGCGACAGGAAGUGCUGACGCUGGCAGCAAGCUUUUACCAGGCAGCGUCGCAGUUGUUGCUUGGAGUUGACAACGUCGAAGAUGCUCUGUUACGAGUGGACGUCGGGUCUGCUGACGCUACACUCGCUUUGGAUGCCAUGAGGAGAGAUGUACUAAGAAGUUCUCUGAAGGUUCUGUUGAGCGGCGGCCAGCUUCUUCGUGAGCUCGAACUACUCCAGCGUACUGACAGCCUCCGUGGGGCAUCAGUGAAUUCCAGACCCAGCCAGCAAGUGGUGGUGAGGGUGGAGUUGCUGCUGGAGUCUCUGCAAGACCGCAGAAGGACAAUGGAGGAGGUGCUCAGACAGCGACUCAGUCCACAGGAGCGUGACAUCACAGUCAGCUCAGAUAUAAGGCCUGAUUUCGGAUUUAAUGUAGAACAAAGCGGAAUGCAAAGAAACCUUUCGAUUCUCGAAUGUAAAAGCAGUCUAGAUCCCAAGCCUGGUUUUAGUCCUGAUCCAAAUACUGAGUAUAGAUUCAAUACGAGGCUACCAUCUCAAUCAGAUAUGAAGUUUAAGGCUGAAGCCAGAGGAGCAAACCCUUAUCCAAAACCUGAAAUCCAAUCCAAUACUGAAUCAAAAUCUGUUCUGAAUCUAGAGUCAUGUGACCCAAAUACUAAAUCCAGGUCAUACCAGAAGCUUGCGUCCACAUUGGAUGAGACCAGAAACCACAUACCAGAUCUGCACAGAUCAGUUGUAAGUCCGAAAUUGGAACCAGGUGAUGUCAGAGACCUGAAGCAGGUCUCGUCUCUUAAACAGCGACACCAGAAAGUCUUGGAAAAUGAAUGUUUGACAUCUAUCAGUGGGAGGAUGCCAGACCUUCAGAAGUGUUUAGGAAACAGGGGGGGACAGAACAACAUGCACAGUGAUGCCCACCGCACUCUUCCGACCAAUUACAAUCAACCACUGCUGCUGAUGUGUCAACAACUGCUUGACAAGGUGUCCAAAUGGGUGGAACAAAGUAGCCUAUUGUUGUCGAAGCAUCGGGAAAUGGGACCUCAGCUGUGGGAGGCAGAGGACCUUCUUGACCAACACCUUCUGUUGUGCACACAGGCUGAGGCUGCCGGUCAUAACGCCAACAAAGUAAUGCAGAUCCUACAACGUCUGCAAGUUCCGUGUACAGGGUCCCAAAACAUAAUUGGACUAGAGGUCCCCAAUGGACGUAUCUCUCAUUUGUCCCGCUUGAAGUCUUUGACCGAGCAGUUGAAAUGUGGAGACAGAACCAGGACAGUCACCGAACUCCAGCUAGCUGCUCAGGUCUCCGCAGUCUUAGACGAGAUGAAAAAGCUGAACAAGAUUGUUGAGUGUAACGUACGUGUGCUACAAGGCUAUGUGUCCUUCCUCAAGGUGGCGCAGCAGCUGGAAGAAGACAUAAAGAUCCACAGGCGCACACUGGAGGGCAAGAAAGACGGGGAAGAUAUUAUUAUCAAGGCCGGAACUUCCUGGUCGGAAACCAUGCAAAUGGUCGUCACAAUCCAGAAAGAGGCCAGCGACUUCAUAAGCAACAUUGCCAAGGCAUCGACAUCAGGCUUGAACCUGCAGUCUGUGGUGACGGCGGUGCAGCAGUUGUCAGGGCGACUUGGCAAAAGUCAACAGGAAGUUGCCGACCUGCAUGGUCAACUUGAAAUCAAUAACAGGCAGAAGGAAGAGGACACAAAGUCCUGUAGGAAGUACCAGGAGAGACUUUGUGAGGCUGUGCGGGACCUGAAGGAGGUCUUGAAGCUGUUGGACUCCUGCACUCAAGUGGAUCUGGGCUUCCACGAGCAGACCUUGAGGCUACAGCAGCAAUUUGGACUCGCUAAACCCUAUUUUGCUAGACUGGACGAGCAGGCCCAGAUCCUGCUGAAAAACUGGGAUGCCCUGACACCAGUCCAGAACCGCUUGCUGCAGGAAGUGUCAGAGCUACAUGUUCUGCGUGUCAAAGUAAAUGAGAAAAUCCAAAAGAGUCAGCACAUCUUGCACUUGAGCAACAACUUUCACCUGCUGGUCAAACAGCUGGAGAUGCUCCUCCAGUUAGACCCUGCUGGACUUUUACACACUGCUUUGAGUACGUAUGAGGAGACAUGCCAGCAGAUUCAUCAACUGCUGACGAAAGCUUUCUGGGUGAAAAAGGAAAUUGGUGAACUGUUCAGUGACAAUGCUCUAACCAAAUUCCGAGGAGAUCAGCUGGAUCACGUCGCAGCAUCUCUAUACACUGAAAGUGCUUUGUGGCUAAGCAAAGUGUCUUCAAGUGACCACGCCCUCAUGCGUGACCUCCAGCAGGUGAGGUCUAAGUUGGAGGUCAGCAAACCUUUCGGCAGCCAGAAAGCGGCCCACGACAGGAAGAACGAGCAAAAGCAGCGUGAUGAGGUCGACUCGCCCUGCCUGAAAGUAAAGGUGUGA